AUGGCAAAGACAAAAGGAAAUGAGAGUAUGAAGAAGAAGAAGGACCCAUUCAUGCAACCACCAAAGAAGCAAAUCAAGCUAGGGAGUAGUAGCUCCAAUGCUAGAGCAGUAAUACCCACUUCACCACAUUCCAUUGAUGCAAGUCAAGAACAUGUGGAGAUUCCAAGAAGAGAAGAAGAUGAUUGGGCACUUGUAACCUUUUUUGGAGAACAAAAUCAAGACCCAAAGAGUAAGAAGGCAAUGGAGAAGGUGAACAUCGAACCAUGUGUGAAGAUGGACACCCAAACCCUUGAUCUUCUCAAGAUAAGAGAUGAUGUCACAUGGUACAUAAGGAGGCUAGGCUUGAGCAAGCUCUUCAAGCUAGAAUGUAGUGAGUACUCACAACUCACCAAGGAGUUCCUCUCUACAGUAGCUCUUGCCUUUCCCAACCACAAUGGAGACCAACCAGCUGGUGAAGGACUCCUACUCUUCAAGAUAGGCGAUGCCAAUGGGCGCAUAUCCAUCUCAGCUCUAUGCCAACUCUUUGGACUUCCCAAUGAGACAGCACAUGACUUCAAGGAGAACUCAAAGGAGCUAGAGCGUCGAAAGUGGAAUGGUUUUAUAUUCGUGAUCUGUGUUCUAGAUGGUUCUUAA